AUUAAAUAGGAAACAAAUAAGAAGAAGAAGACACUCCUCCGCACUCUCUGCGAUAAAUCAUCUAUCAUCAGACGAAGACUACUAGAAAAGAUUGCUGCAAAAUUGGCGUCAAUUAGCCGCCUUCUUCUCGCUAUUCCAACUUCGGAAGCUCAUACAUUGGCGUAUCGGCGGGGAUCCAUACUCAGCUGCUGGUUGCUGUGUUGAGAGGCUCGUGGAUUUGUGUAUGGAAGAGGUUCGGUUGUCGCCGCUGAGGCAGAUAAGCGUUAAGUCUUCACUCUCUGGGAGGUCUACUCCAAGGGGUUCACCUAGAGUGCAUUCUUCUGGUAGGACUCCUCCUCGUAGAGAGGGCAGAGGUGGAGGGGGUGCGGUUCAGUGGUUUCGUAGCAGCCGCCUCGUCUACUGGCUGCUUUUGAUUACUCUUUGGACGUAUCUUGGGUUCUAUGUUCAGUCUAGGUGGGCGCAUGAUAACGAAAACAAAGUUGAGUUUUUACGGUUUGGAGGCAAGCUGAGAAAGGAUGUUGUUGUACAUGUGGAUGUGGAUAAGAGCAAAGGGAUGGGUUCCGUUGCUAAUGAGACUUCUGAUGCUUUGGUGAGUGUUACUCCCGCUAAAGAUGAUGCUGGCGUGAAUAAGAAGAGGACGGAUGUUAGUCUGAGCAAGAAAGAUGACGUGGCUUCUCGGCGGAGCUUGAGUUCCAGGCGGAAGACGAGAAAAGCUAGCCGGACUUCACGUAGUAAGCACAAGGUGUCUAAAGCGGUUGAGAGUAAGGCUUUGGAGGAUGAGCAAGACCCGCAACUUCCAAUGACGAAUGCUACUUACGCCAACCUUCUUGGUCCGUUCGGAUCACUAGAGGAUAAAGUUCUCGAGUGGAGCCCGCAUAGACGGUCCGGGACUUGCGACAGGAAGUCAGACUUUAAACGCCUUGUUUGGUCGAGGAGAUUCGUUUUGCUUUUUCACGAGCUCUCGAUGACUGGCGCUCCUAUUUCGAUGAUGGAGCUGGCUUCGGAGCUUUUGAGCUGCGGUGCAACAGUCAGUGCAGUUGUUCUCAGCAGAAGAGGUGGGUUGAUGCAAGAGCUCACUAGGAGAAGGAUCAAAGUGGUUGAAGACAAAGGAGAACUCAGCUUCAAGACUGCCAUGAAAGCAGAUUUGAUCAUCGCUGGGUCAGCAGUUUGUACCUCAUGGAUAGAUCAAUACAUGAAUCAUCAUCCAGCUGGUGGAAGUCAAAUAGCUUGGUGGAUAAUGGAGAACCGAAGAGAAUACUUUGACCGAGCUAAACCGGUGCUUGACCGAGUGAAGAUGCUAAUUUUUCUAUCGGAAUCACAGAGCAAACAAUGGUUAACAUGGUGCGAAGAGGAGCAUAUAAGGCUUAGAUCACAACCAGUGAUUGUUCCUCUAUCUGUUAACGAUGAGCUGGCCUUUGUUGCUGGGAUUCCUUCCUCGCUCAACACACCAACACUAUCUCCAGAGAAAAUGAGGGAGAAGAGACAAACACUACGUGAAUCAGUCAGAACGGAGUUGGGCUUAACAGAUGCAGAUAUGCUCGUGAUGUCUCUUAGCAGCAUAAACCCAGGAAAGGGACAACUUCUUCUCCUCGAAUCUGUUUCCUUAGCACUUGCUGAGAGAGAACAAGGAGCUCAAAGGAAUCACAAAGGCACCGUUUGGAAAGAGAAGGUUAACCCCUCAAGGAAACAUCGCCUAAGAGGCUCAUCUCGACAGAUGCAAAGUACUUCUCUCACACUUGAUAAUGCAGCGGGAAGACAGAAACAAGAGCUUAAACUUCUCUUGGGAUCAGUGGGUUCAAAGAGCAACAAAGUUGAAUACGUUAAAGAGAUGUUAAGCUUCUUAUCUAGCAACGGAAACCUAUCUAAGUCAAUCAUUUGGACUCCAGCAACCACUCGUGUUGCUUCAUUAUACUCUGCAGCAGAUGUCUACGUCACAAACUCUCAGGGAGUUGGUGAAACAUUUGGGAGAGUGACGAUAGAAGCAAUGGCGUAUGGACUUACAGUGGUGGGAACAGAUGCAGGAGGAACAAAAGAGAUUGUGGAACAUAACGUGACCGGUCUACUUCACCCAAUGGGACGAUUAGGUAACAAAGAUUUGGCCCACAAUCUCUUGUUUCUACUUAGAAACCAAGAUGCAAGGCGACAAAUGGGGAUCGAAGGACGCAAGAAGGUUGAGAAGAUGUACAUGAAGCAACAUAUGUACAAGCGAUUCGUCGACGUUCUUGUCAAAUGCAUGAGACCAUAAACACACCUUUUUAUCUUAUAUCACAGCCCAUUGAUUCUUUUACCAACUCGGAUUUUUAGGAGUUUAUUUUUUUCGAGAUUUCUGAAUAAAAUUCUCUUAUUAUAUUUCA